AUGGCGCCCGCGGCCGAUGGGGCGGGACGCGACAGGGGAUGGCUCAACUCGACGGAGACGACCCGGCCGGGCGACAAGACCGACGAGCUCUCGCGCGGCGUCUUCCUCCUGAGGAAGGCUCCCGCCCCCAGGCGCUUCACCGCGCGCAAGUCCUUCAAGCCCGUCGUGCCCGACGAGACCGUGGAGGGGAUGGAGCGCAGGCACGAGGCGUACGUCUCGUGCUGGCGAGCGGCGGACGCGCACGUCAGCCGGGUCCUCGCCGACGCCAACGCCGACGCCUUCCGCAGGCUCGAGGCGUUCGUGGUCGAUCGCUUCGACGAGCGCGCGGCGAUGCGCGCGGCGAACGGCGGCAAGACCCCGCAGCACCUCGCGCAGCAGAUCCCGGCCGGACUGGUGCUCGCGGGCGGCGUCAACUCGGACGAUCACGAGGAGACGUUCACCAAGCUCACCAGGCACCUCCGCUCCAAGGGAUGCCACGCCGCGCUGCUGCGAUCGCGCGAUCUCAAGGCGAGGGGCGCGGGAGCCAACUCGGCUUUCGACGCCGACGGAAACCUCGCGCCCGCCGUGGCGCGCGCGAUGUCGCUCGCCGCAAACGGAGGCGGGGGCGGGGGCGGGGGCGGGGGCGGCGGGGGGCUCGGGGUGGCGGUGCGGUGCAUCUUCAACCAGCUGCGAGCGGGGACGCGUGGGGUUGGAGAAUUUGACGCGAAGGGAUCGUUCCGUACCUCCGGGCGGAGCGUCCGGCACCUGCGCCGGUGGUACCAGGCCGUCACCGUCGCCGAGGAGGACGCCGCGGUUGGCGGCGCGGUGAGAGACGAGGAGGCGGUGGACGAGCGGGACGGGGACCCGGGCAAAGAGAUCGGGAACCCGGACCCGGGCAAAGAAAACGACAAACGGGGAGCAGCCGCCGCUGCUCCCGCGGCUCCCGCGGCUCCCGCGGCUCCCAGGGCGCUCCGCGAACGGAGCGUCGCCGUGAUCGGUGCCGCCGCGACGCUGGGUUCGUCGCGAUCGGCGGCGGCGGCGGCGGCGGCGGCGGCGGAGACACAGCUGGCGGCGGCGGACGCGUCGGGCCCUCUCCUCCCGCCCAGGCCGGUCGUGGUCAUCGUCGAGGACACCGAGUCGUUCGACAACCGCGUCCUCUCGGACCUGCUCCUGGCGCUGUCGGACGCCGGGGACGCCCUGCCGGUGUGCGUGCUGCUCGGCGUGGCCACGUCCGCGUCCAUGAUGCACGGGAUCAUCCCCGCCGCCGUCGCGGCGAGGCUCCGGGUGGAAUCCUUCCGGCUGUGGUCCCCUCGGGCGAUCAUGACGGCGGUGCAGGAGCGGGUUCUCCUCGACCCCGGGUUCGUCCCCGCGCCGAGCAACGCGUCGCUGGAGACUCUGGUCACGAGAUUCGCCGAGCACGACUUCAGCCUGAGCGCCGCGAGGCGAGCGAUGCACUUGCUCGCGCUGGACCACUUCAUGACCCGAGAGCUGAGCUCGAUGGCGAUGUGUAUGACGGCCGCAUCAUUGGCGGCGGCGGCGACGACGGAGGAGGAGGAGGAGGAGGAGGACGGGGAGAAGAAAGAGAACAAAGAGAAUGAUGCCGAUUCCGCAUCCGCGAAGGACGGCAAGGAAGACGCCGCAUAUAGCGUCGAGUCGCGCAUCGCCGCCGUCGAGAAAAGAGCGAAAACCGCCGCUCGCGCCGCCGCCGCCGCCGCCGCCGCCGCCCUCGCCAGCGCCCGCGCGAUCGCCGCCGAGACCCUGACGCGCGACUCCAUCACGUGGGCGCGCAAGAACCUUCGCGACUUUCGCACCGGCGAGGCCUGGGUGGGGAGGAGUCGCGUCACGGGCGCCGGUGACACGGACGACGACGACGACGACGCCGCGCGGGAAGAGAUUGCGUCGGCUGUGGCGAACGCGUACGGGGCGCGCCGACGGUGGGCGACGGCGCUCCGAUGCGUCGCCGCCGCCGCCGACGCCGUCGGAUAUAGGCGCGACGAGGGAAGGCUCGCGGGUCUGCUGGUGGACGCGUCGUCGACGCGAUGGCUCCCGAACUACGACGGGAGGAACGACGAGGACGAGGGAGCGGCGGCGGGGAAGACCGGCGAGAAGAAGAAGACCGGUGAGAAGAAGGCGACGACGACGACGCAGGGCGAGAAGCUCCUGCGGCUGCUGUGCGCCAGGCUGGACGCGGGGACGGAGGAGUGCCGGAUGUCGGACGCGGACAUCUGCGCGUUGGCGCUGACGUGGCUCGAGUUGGUCUCGGUCGAUCCCGCGAUGUACGCGGCGGAGGCGGCGUUUCUUAAGCGAACCGCGAGGCUGUGCGAUCCGGCGACGGCGCCGCGCGAGCUGAGGGAGAUGGAGGACGUACGGGCGGCGCGUGAGGAUGCGAAACGGUCGAAAACGGCCGACGCGGACGCCGCCGCGCGAGCCGCCGCGAACGACGGGACGCGAAGACCGGGGGGCGAAACGGUCGAAAAAACGGUCGGCGUUCGCGCCGCGUUCGCGAGUCCGCCGUCGGCGCGGCGCGCGAGGAGGUCCUCGGCGUCCGCCCCCGCCGCCGCCGCCGCCGCGAGGGACGGCGAAGCGUUCGCCACCCCGGCUCCCCGUCCGACGGAAGGCGGCGCGACGAGGACACCGUCGACUCGCGCCCGCUCCUCGAAGAAGGGAAGGAGCGUCGAGCCGGCGUCGGCGGUUGAGCCCGCGGCGGCGGAUGUCGAAGAAACGGUCGGAAAAACGAUCGCGGGCGCGGGCGAACGCGCCUCCGAGGACGCCGCCGACGCGAGGGGCGCGCUGGAGGCGGUGGACGACGCCCCGGUUCCAUCCGUUUCUCGGGGAGACGACGGCGGCGGCGGCGGCGACGGCGCGAGCGAUGGUGCGGACGACGACGAGGUUGAUCCCCGCGCUCGCGCGUGUUCGUUCCUUCGCCGCGUCGCGCUCCGACACGCGUCCGAACCCCCCGCGUCCCUCCGCGCGCGCGAGCUCUUCUGCAUCGGCGACGCGUCCGUGCGAUACCUCCGAUCGAAGGCGCAGGCGGCGCCGAGGCUGUGCGUGGAGCAGGCGAUGGAUAACCCGCGAGGAGUUUUAGGCUGCGCGUGUUGCCCGAUGGACGGGGGACCGUCGGAGACGCUCCCGGACACGUGCUGCGCGUACACGCUGCUGCAGGACAUGGGGGACGCCGCGAACGUGCACGAGUGGUUCAGGGAGUUCUGCGAGACGAACGAGCCCGCGACGGGGGUGCCGCGGGGGGCGAGGACGGCGGCGAAGGGAGGGAGAAGCGGGAAGGGGAGGGGGAAGAAAACGUCGCGAGUCGGCGCCGGCGCGGUCUCCUCGCUCUUCUCGCUGGCAGCGCCCGGCGACGACGGGGGGAACGGCGACGGCGACGGCGACGGCGACGGCGACGGCGAUGAUGGCGACGACGACGACGAUAAGAAGGAGAAGGGCACCUUUCACCUCGAACGAUCGCGGCUGUGGGAGCUGCAGGCGCGGUUCACCCGAGCCGUCGCCGAGAUUGAAUUUCUCGGCGUGGGGCGGCCGGUGAAGCGACGGAAGGUUGAGUACAUGCAGCGCACCGCGUUCCCGCUGGACAAACUCCUGGGCGGGGACGACUAG